CCUUGAAACACAUGAUGUUUGUGCACCGCUUUAAGCCCUAAACUCUCAAACCCAACAAUAUGGAACACAUCCAACAGAAGCCACCCAACGUAGCCAUUGUUCCCACUCCAGGAAUGGGCCACCUAAUCCCACUUGUUGAGUUUGCCAAGCGACUCGUCCUCCACCACGAUUUCUCAGUCACCUUCAUUAUUACCACCGAUGGGUCACCCAUGAAACCUCAGAAAACUGUCCUUGAAGCCCUUCCUGAUGCCAUAUCCUCCAUCUUUCUUCCUCCUGUGAGCUUUGAUGACCUCCCCGAGGAUACUAAAAUUGAGACCCGGAUUGGGCUCACUUUAACGCGGUCCAUCCCUGCUCUACGAGACUCGUUGAAGGUCUUAGCUGAGUCAACUCGGCUAGUGGCCUUGGUGGUUGAUUUAUUUGGUACGGAAGCCUUUGAUGUUGCUAAAGAAUUCGGUGUUUCGUCUUACAUAUUUUUCCCUACAACAGCAAUGGCUUUGUUGUCAGUCUUUUAUUUACCAGAGCUUGAUCAAAAGUUCUCAUGUGAGUAUAGAGACUUGCCUGAACCGGUCAAAUUACCUGGGUGUGUACCUCUCCAUGGGAGUGAUCUGAUAGACCCGAUUCAAGAUAGAAAGAAUGAAUGUUACAAAAUAGUUCUACACUGUUGCAAACAGCACCCUCUUGCUGCUGGAAUUAUGGUCAAUAGCUUCAUGGAUUUGGAGCCUGGUGCUUUUAAAGCUUUGAUGGAAAGAGGAGAGGGUAAGCCACCGGUUUACCCAAUUGGACCGCUAAUUAAGUCAGGUUCAGAUAUUGUGGUUGAUGAGUCUGGCGCUGAGUGCUUGAGAUGGUUGGACAAACAGCCACAUGGGUCAGUUUUGUAUGUUUCAUUUGGUAGUGGUGGGACUCUUUCACGUGAGCAACUAAACGAAUUGGCCUUAGGACUUGAAAUGAGUGGACAAAGAUUUCUUUGGGUUGUAAGGAGCCCACAUGAAAAAGCAGCCAAUGCCACUUAUUUUAGUGUUCAGAGCAUUAAUGACCCUUUUGAUUUUCUUCCCAAAGGGUUCUUAGAGAGGACAAAAGAGGUAGGUCUAGUGGUGCCCUCUUGGGCUCCUCAAGUCCAGGUCUUGAGUCAUGGCUCGACCGGGGGGUUCUUGACCCAUUGUGGGUGGAACUCAACCUUAGAGAGUAUUGUGCAUGGUGUGCCCAUGAUUGCAUGGCCACUCUAUGCAGAGCAAAGAAUGAAUGCUGUAUUGGUAGCUGAUGAUUUGAAGGUUGCAUCGAGAGUCAAAGUGAAUGAUGAGGGCCUUGUGGGACACAAAGACAUUGCAAACUAUGCUAGAGGUCUAAUGGAGGGAGAAGAAGGAAAAUUGUUUCGGAGCAAAGUGAAAGAACUAAAGGAUGCAGCUGAAAAGACUUUGAGCCUUGAAGGGUCGUCUACAAAAUCACUGGCUGAAGUGACUCAGUUAUGGAAGAGACACCAAAAAUGAUGUACUUACUAUUAACUAGCAAUCGAAAUUUUAGUAUCUAUGUAAUUGUGCUCUUGCUUGAAUUUCGUUUAAUUUAUGUACUUUUCUUUGUCAAAUUCCAGCACUCCUUAUUUUGCUAAGGAAAUAGCAGUUUGGGAGACUCCUCAUACUUUA